GACUGCACUGGAUUUUAUCAUGGGAGCCUCGGAAGCAAUCACUAAUCAGUGCUAAACCAAGUGAGGCUCAUUGGUGGCAGUUGAAGGGAAGGAGUGGCAAAACCUAUAAGCCUAUCCCAUGAGUAUGAGGCAAAGGCCCGGGACUGAGCUUCACUAACACAGAUCUGGGUCAGAACAGAAACGGGCGUUGGAAUGAGCCCCAAUAAGUUCCUCCUGUGUGUCGGUUUCCUGGGGCUCGUCGCUGGAGGGGCAGCCAAACUACAAUACGCCUUGACCAUCCCGGCUCUUUUAAAGAGUGGAGAGACCCAGAGGGCCUGCGUUACCCUCCUUGGCUAUGAGCAAUCUGUCGCCCUCAGCGUUACCUUGGAGCACCAAAGGGUUAACAUCACCAUCUUUGCAGAGAAAGUACAGCCCCCGAGUUACUUCAGAUGCAAUGAGUUCAUGGUCCCAACAGUGACCAAAACUGCCCCUGACUUUGUGACCCUCUCUGUCUCUGGAGGGGAUGAAGCCGUUAAGGAUCGCAAGGCAGUGGUUAUUGCCCCAACGGAAACCAUUUUCCUCAUCCAAACAGACAAACCGGUGUACAAGCCCGGGCAGAAGGUCCGAUUUCGCCUGAUUUCCCUAAAUACCAUGCUGCUGCCAGUAUCCAACAAGUACCCGGCAGUAUAUUUAGAGGACCCAUUAGGGAGCCGCAUAGCCCAGUGGCAGAACCAGGAAUCAGUGGGUGGCGUGGUGCAACUGGAAUUCUCUUUGAUCAGCGAUGCAGCCCCAGGAUUCUAUAUCAUCACGGCUGAGCGAGCCUCCGGCCAGCCUGUCAGAGAGGGCUUUACAGUAGAUGAAUACAUACUGCCCAGGUUCAGUGUCACUGCGGAUCCUCCUAGCAUUAUAUCUAUAUUGGAUAACGUUCUGAUACUCAAUGCCUCAGCGAUAUACACCUAUGGGCAGCCGGUGCCAGGCUUCGUCACAAUGAAAUGCUGCAGAGAAGCAACUUUCUAUUACGGCCGGAAAGGAAACUGUUUCAAGGGCAACAGGGAUGUCUGCACUAAUGUUAUUAAAGACCUGGACCCAGACGGAGCUUUCUAUGGUGUUAUUGACCUUCUGCCUUUCCAACUGGGUCAGUCGGGGUUUCAGAUGAGCCUAGAAGUAGAUCUCACUGUGGAAGAAGAUGGCACAGGGGUUCAAGUCACUCAGCAGUUCUCCAUCAUGAUCACCAGCCAACUUGCAACUCUUGUAUUUGACACCGACACUAUGAAUGGAUUUUACAAACGUGGGAUCCCUUAUCUCGCUAAGAUGAUCCUGACAGAUGAAUAUGGCAAUCCCAUGGCUAAUGAAGAAGUAGAGGUGGAGUUGGGAGGAGAAACACUAGGCACGGCGCUGACUGAUGCGGAAGGGAAAGCAGAGUAUGCUAUAGACACAUCUGGCUUUGUACAGGAGAACUUUACUGUAGUGGCUAAUUACAAGAACCCAACUCAGUGCUACUACACAGAGUGGGAGGGUCCUGACUACCCCACUGCUCAGUACUUUGUCCUGCGGUUCUACUCUGAGACCGGAAGCUUUCUUGAGAUUCAGGGUUUAUCAGAGGAGCUGAGCUGUGGGCAAGUCCAUAACGUCAGCGUCAGAUACACCUUGAGUCCAGAUGGAGUAGGAGAACAGGCAACAACAGCCACUUUCUACUACUUGGUUAUGUCAAGGGCAAAGAUUGUAGAGCAUGGGCAGCAAGAUGUGACUCUUUCCCAAUCUAAAAGUGGCCUUUUUAUCAUUGGGCUGAAUGUGAGCUCAGAUCUGGCUCCUGGUGCUCAACUCAUUGCCUAUAGCAUUCUGAGUCUGGAACUCAUAGCGGAUACAGUCAGCCUGUAUAUUGAGAAGUGCUUUCCCAAUCAGGUUUCCCUUAGUUUUUCAGAAGAUCUAGGGCCUCCGGCCUCAAAUAUUAGCCUGAAUUUGUCAGCUGCUCCGGGUUCCCUCUGUGGAGUUAAAGUCAUUGAUUCCAGUCUCUUACUCAUCAACCCAUAUGAAUCGCUCUCUGCUUCUGGUGUAUAUUAUUCCUUACCAUAUCUAUCACUCUUUGGCUACAAUUAUGGAGGAUUUAAUGUAGAGGGGCCAGAGCCUCCCUGUGAGGACCCCAACACUGUAGUGUUUUGCAAAGGAAGGUACUAUGUGCCUGUGAGCAGUAGCACAGAAGGGGACACCUAUCAAAAUCUGAGGAGAGUUGGCCUGGUUUUGGGGACAAGCAGUAGGAUAAGAAAGCCGGUAGUGUGCGGGAUGGAGACAAAGCUUUCAGUGACGAGGAAAAGUGUGAUGGAUUCAGUACCAGCCUUUGGAACAUCUGCUUCUAAUGGCAAUGUCAAUACCUUGAGGCAAAACUUCUCGGAGACCUUUAUGUGGCAGAUGGUAUCUGUUGAUUCAUACGGCCAAAGUACAAUAACUGGAACAGUGCCAGACACCAUCACCAAGUGGCAAGGCUCCAUGUUCUGUGUGUCUGAGAAUGAAGGCUUUGGGAUGACCAAAUACUCGGCCAACUUCACUUCAUUCCUGCCCUUCUUUGUGGAACUCUCUUUACCUUAUUCCCUAACCAGAGAGGAGAUCCUAAUGAUGAACGCAUUUGUCUCCAACUAUUUGAAGGAAUGUGUCAAGGUCAAUGUGACAUUAAAGCCCUCGGCCGAUUUCCAAGCAGUACCCCAGAAUGUCGUGCAGGACAAAUGUAUUUGCUCAGGAAGCAGAGGCUCUUACUCAUGGAACAUUAUUGCUUUAUCACUAGGUGAGAUCAGUUUUACUGUUUCAGCAGAGACCACUCACAUUGGAGCCUCAUGUGAUGGACCUUUUGACCCAUCCCAGCCAACUCGCAAGGACACCGUGAUACAAACCAUUCUUGUGGAGCCGGAGGGCAUAAGAAAAGAAGAUACCUCUAGCAACCUUGUAUGUGUUGAAGACUCCAACUUUGAGCUGCCAAUCAACAUAACCCUUCCAAAGAACAUGGUACAAGGUUCUGCUGCUGCAUUUGUCACACUUGUGGGUGAUGUUCUAGGUCUACCACUGAGCAAUCUACAGAACCUGCUGCAGAUGCCCUAUGGGUGUGGUGAACAGAACCUUGCUCGUAUGGCCCCCAUUCCUUACGUGCUGGAAUAUCUCAACGGCACAAAUCAGCUUACGGAUGUAUUACUCCAGAUAGCAAUUCAGUACUUAAAUGAAGGAUAUUACCGACAGCUACGAUACAAAUUGCCAUCUGGCGCAUAUGAUGCAUUUUGGGGCUCAACUUCACAUGGAAGUUCCUGGCUAUCGGCAUACACCUUCAAAACAUUUGAAAAAGCCAAGAAAUAUAUUUAUAUUGAUGAGAAAAUCCAGCAACAGACCUUGAUUUCCCUGCAAACGUCCCAGAAGCUGGAGAACGGCUGCUUUAAGCUCCAGGGAAACCUGUUUAUGGGGCAGUGUGGGCAGGAAAGGGAUCUCUGCUUCACAGCCUACCUCGCCAUUGCUCUUCUGGAGUCCAACUACAGCUCUGGGAUGACCUUGUUGGAUGAUGCCCUGAGAUGCUUGGAGGCUGCCAUCGUCAAUGCUUCCACCCUUCCCUUCAAAGCCUAUUCGUUGUAUGUCUUCACAUUGGCUAAAAACUGGGAAAUACGAAACCCUCUGCUUAAUGAACUGAAAGCAAAGGCCAUCUCUGAGCGAGGCACCUUGCACUGGGAACGUGACGGUAGGCCUGGACCAGAAGGGGUUCCUUUGUUUUACCCCAAUAAUGCACCAGCAGAGGUGGAAAUCACGGCCUACAUGUUGCUCAGCAUUGCAAAAGGCCCCAGUCUUACCCACGAUGACUUGACCUACAUGGCUGAGAUAUCAGUUUGGCUCAUCCAGCAGCAGAAUUCAUAUGGAGGAUUCAGAUCUACUCAGGACACAGUCAUGGCCUUGCAAGCCCUUGCUUUCUACGCUCAACUGAUAUUUAAACCUAAUGCUCAUCACAAUGUGGUGCUGAGAAAUGAAUUUGGAGAUGUUGGACAACUAACCCUGAGAGAGAACAACAGACUUGUUGUACAAACACAAGCGCUACCCAAGGCCUCUGGGAACUAUAGCAUUAGUGUCAAUGGGACAGGAUGCUGCUUGGUACAGAGCACCAUCCGAUACAACAUCCCAGUGCCCAAAGAAAACUCUGCCUUCUAUGUCGUUGCUGAUUCUGCGUCUGAGAACUGUCUCAAUGGAGUGGCUUAUACUAUAACCAUCACACUCUCUGUUAGCUAUCAGGGUUUAAGGAAUGAAACCAACAUGGUGAUUAUUGAUAUAAAGAUGCUGUCAGGAUACCAAGCAGACUACUUCUCAUUGAGACAGCUAGAAAACUCUAAGCAGGUCUCCAGAACAGAAGAGCAGAACAACCACAUAUUUCUGUACCUCAGCUCUGUGCCCCAGAAGCCUAUCCAGCUCUCAUUUAAAAUGCUCCUUGGCAGCAGGGUGCUGAAUGUGAAGAGUGGCUCAGUGUACGUCUAUGAUUACUAUGAAACAGGGGAAAAUGGCUUUGCCUCAUACAGUCGCCCUUGCUGAACACGGAUAACAUUGUUUUCUAGAACCCACUGCAAUGCUCUGCAACUGGAGCUUGAACUCAGGAACCGCUGGAAUGGACUUCAAUCUGCCUAAAUGUGGUGCUGGUAUUAAAUAAAUGACAGUGGGUGGGAAUGGAAGUAGAGCUUACACAGACUGGGGCUGGCACACAUCUGUUCUCUUAUAAAUCUCUCUAGCUCUUUAUCAAUCUGAACAACAUUACACUAUAAAAUGUUCUGUUUUAAUAAAUGGGACCUAUUUUGCAGUUGA